AUGGCACUGGAGCUUUCAUCCAACUGUGAGUGUCCUAACUGUUUGGAAGGCAUUCAGGAUGAGUCUGACAGGAAUUCCUCUUCCGGAAAGAGAGGUGAUGGCUCAUUGUACUCCAGAUCAGGGAAGAAAUCCACACUCUCUCCCAUCAUGAAACGCUUUCUUUCUCAAUGUUGUUCCAUCAGGCUACAGAAUGAUAACAAAGACGACUCUCUGUUUCUCCCUUCAGAGGAGGAAAGUUCUAUGGGCUUCUCUCAAGGACAAAAUCUCAAUGAGGUGUCAAAGAACACCAAACAGAAGAGCAAACCCUUGAGACAACUGACUGUCCAAGAACUGCUGAGGAAAUUUGGAGAUGGUGGGAAGUUUCCACCAUACUCCAGGUCCUGGGGCAACUUUAAAGAUCACGUGGUUGUGGAGUUCAGAAGAGCUCUUUAUUAUUCUGGAAUCUGGGUAAAACAUGUCCAAGGCUCUGGAAUGGAAAAACAAUUUUCAGCUAAUUAUUUCAAAAGAAAUCCCAGUAGCCUCCACCGGCUGAUUCCCUGGCUAAAACGGGAACUCAUGGUUGUGUAUGGAGAUCAUGGUUAUACAGUGAAGAAUAUUCUAGCUGCCAUUCUCCAUCACAUGACACAAUUUAACUUGGACAGUGAAUCUUUCACUCACUUACUGGAGCCUUAUCUCCUACAACAUACUCACCACUUUCUGCAUGAGUUCAUCAAUUUUGUUCAUUCAUCUUACAACAUGGAGACCUAUGACCGGAGUGCCAUCUAUCAGUGUCCACUUUCAGCAUGGAUGAAAAACAAGAGCAUGGUUUCAGCCCCUGUCUUGUCUUUGCCUGAGGGUCUCCCCCUCGUGAUAUCCCAACAAGGCAGCAAGCAGUCUAAGAACACCCAGGUUCAGCAGAAGACUGAGCCGAGGCCUCAUUCUGGCUUGAAACAAUUUUCAAAUGGUAAUUAUUCCUCACAAAACCCCCAAACCUCAACAACCCAUCUGAAAACAGCAAACAAAUUCCAUGUUUGGGCUGAGGAUGAAUGGGGAUUAGAUGAUUUUAAGGAUGUGGUUUGUACUACCAAUUUGUUACUGGAUUGGGAUAAUCUCAGGGAAAGCAGCCCAGACACAGAGCUUUACAAAAGCAAUGAUCAAGAGAAAAGGCCAGAAGGCUCAAAGCUGCUCUCAGGCCAUGUCCAGGAUCUGCAGAAGAGCAGAACAAGUUCUCACAUCCAUAGAGAAUCAGUGGAUUCUAAUCAGGUGCCACCAAGAAAGUACAAUUUAAGGGAAACAAAUGUUUUCAGUCCUGGUCCUGGCCACCAGGUACAUUAUCAAAACAAAGAAAUAGAAAUAAAGAAGAUUGAAGAAUCUUCAUCAAAGCUUUUUCAGAGAUUGCCUAGAGAAGGGACUUUGAUAAAAAGCAAAUCAGGAGAAACUGAUCAUUGUAGUACUUGUAUCUCCAGAAAUGUCCCCUUUCCUACUAGAAAUGAUAAAAUGCUGGUUUCUUUUAGAAAUAAGAAAGGAAAGGGCAGCCAGUCUUCCCAAUGUGUAGAAGUUGGUUCACACCACAGUACAAGAAUCCAAACACAAUCCAGUCCCAGGACACCCAGACCAAAAUCGUGUUGUGCCAGAUUCAGAACACGAUCCCCAUGCAGCGAUCAGAGUAAAGUCGCUAUGAAGGGAAGUCACAGAAGCAAACGCUUCACCCAAAGGAUAGGCAGUGGGCCUUCAAAAGGAAGUGUGCUCAGCUGUGCAUCAGCCUGCAGGAUGGCGUCUUUCACCCCUGCCCACCAUGGCAAGGUUUGUUUAAUUGCUGGGAGGAGACACAGCUGCAAUUCCAAAGCAAACUAUGAUUCUCAAACUGGAAGACAGUGUGUCAGUCUCACAUGCCUACAAACUGAGAAAUAUCAGUCCCCAAGUGAGCAGCAGAAGGGAAAAGUCAGUAGAGUUAAGAGAAUCAGGACACUUGAGCCCCCAAAACCCAAAUGCCAGUGUGAGGAUACUCAAAUCACAACAGGGUUCUGUGUUGAACUGGGGGAAUCUCCAUGA